AUGAGUGAAAGCACUGAGAGAAGUGGGCUCAUUAGUAAGAUGUCAAAGUCCAAGCUAACCGCACAGGUGGUUUUCACGACAUUCGUAGCUUGCUUGGGGUCUGUACAAUAUGGAUAUCACACAGCAGAAUUGAAUGCUCCGCAACAGGUUAUGUCGUGUUCGGUGUUCCGUAUACCAAGCGAAGAUUUGCCCUACGAAAGAACGUGGUUGGGCCAUCGAGGACUGAAACAAUGUGUACCGCUUGAUGACGAACAAAUUGGGGUCAUUACAGCUAUGUUCAGUAUAGGUGGUGUAUUGGGAUCAUACUACGCCGGUCGGCUGGCCGACCGGUACGGUAGGAGGAAAGUUACGUUUUUCACCAGUAUGAUUGGGAUUAUUGGGUCCAUGAUGCUCUUCGGGAGCAACAGUUACACAGGCUUCAUUGUUGGGCGCAUAGUUGUGGGAAUUGCAAGCGGGGCUUCAAUCGUGGUAACACCACUGAUUAUCAACGAGAUCGCUCCUCCGGAAUGGAGAGGAGCCCUUGGGUCUAUGAAUCAGGUAUUUAUCAACCUGGGAAUACUCCUAACGCAGUCCCUAGCGCUUAAGUUUGCCGAUUCAUACCGCUGGAGAUGGCUUCUCUUUACUGGCGCCGUAGUUGCUUUAGUAAACCUCGUUCUACUAUUCCAAACUAAAGAAUCACCCCGGUGGCUGACUACCCAAGGACGCACUCUGGAAGCGGAGAUUGCGCUUUACAGAUUACGCAGAGGAUCCUACCAAGAUGCACGCAACGAAAUCCAACAAUGGCGUCGUGAAACACCGGAUGAAGAACUUGCAGACCAGGGCCCAACAUUAUGGCGCUAUUUCCAAGACCCUGCCUACACCAAACCACGUCGUGCAAUCACCGCUACAUUAACGGGACAACAACUAUGCGGUAUCAACUCCAUUGUCUUUUAUGGUGUCAAAGUGAUAAGUCAACUACUCCCAACGCACGCUAUCCAGAUAAAUUUCGCCAUUUCAAUACUCAACGUUCUAAUGACUUUUGUCGCUUCGCUCGUAAUGGACCGAUUCGGCACCAAGACCCUACUAAUGACCUCCACAGCUAUAAUGGCCAUAGCUUCUACAGCGAUAAGUGUCGGCAUAAAUUCCCAUACAGCCGUGUUACUGGUAGGAUCUACAUUUGUCUACAUCGCAGCUUUCGCCAUCGGACUAGGUCCGAUCCCCUUCUUAAUCAUUGGACAACUAAGUGCUCCUCAAGAUGCUGCUACUGCUCAGAGCUACGGUACAGUAUGCAACUGGCUAGCAACUGCAUUUGUAGCUUACACAUUCCCAUUGGUUCAUGGGAUGCUGGGCGGCUCUGUGUACUUACUGUUUGCCCUGGCAGCCGCUUCUUUUACCGCCUAUGCUUAUUGGCGUAUACCUGAGACAAGAAAUAAGAACGGGUAUCAGCAAGUAUGGAUGGAUUAUUAA